AGAGCUCUUUUUCCCGACCGUCACCGAAGGCAACAGUUGCGUUUGUGGGGGACACAGAACACAGACGUAUCAGGAAAAAACGAAAACGUUCACCUGGUUGAGUACAAAGAGGAAAAUGGAAGAGAUAAAGACCGAACCUGUGGAUUUUGUGAGGGAAUUUCAAGAAUACCUGACACAGCAAACCCAGCAUGUCAACAUGAUCUCGGGCUCUGUUUGUGGAGAAAAGGAGUCAGGGGAGCCGUUUCAAGCCGUUGCCCCCAGGAGUGAGCAGAAUGGUCUGGACCCUCCGUCUGUGGAGGUGAGCCUGUCAGUGGAGGAUGGCUCAGAUGUACAGAUGGAAGGCCUGGAGAGGACCUGCGAUGGAAAGUACAAGUGCAGCUACUGCAGCUAUGCCAACAAGGGCAUGGCUCGUUUAAUAGAGCACAUCCGCAUCCACACAGGAGAAAAGCCCCACCGCUGUCAGCUGUGCCCGUUUGCUUCAGCGUACGAGCGCCACUUGGAAGCCCACAUGCGCUCGCACACGGGAGAGAAGCCGUACAAGUGUGACCUCUGCGCCUUCUGCUGUAGCGACCGCAGCAACCUGUCGCACCACCGCCGCCGCCGCCACAAACUUCUGCCAACGAGAGUCGCCCGCUCUCCUUUCACCAACAAGAGGAUGUUGAGCUCCCUGCAGAAGAGGACAGGUUCACUGGGUUACAGCAGGCGUCUGCUCAUCAACUUCAACCCUCCGUCUGUGGGAUUGCCAAAGUCAGAUUAUCUGAAUGACUUGUCACACAAGAUCCACAACCAUUUGAACAGCAGUGAGUAUAAGAACCUUCCCAAGGUUGAUGAGAACGACAGUCGCAACAGAGGUGCUAAUGGUUUGACUUUUAAUAAUCCGCUGGAUCAGCUGUCUACACUUGCUGGCCAGUUGGCCGAGCUUCACCCGGAGUCUCAGACUCCUGCAACCAUGGACAGGGAGUCCUUAACAGACGAGAAGCCCAUCCUCAUAAGACAGGUCUCUAGUGAACACGUUGCGAUGUGUUCAAACGGAGUGCAGACUUCACCGGCUAAAAGAGAAUCUCCCAUCUCAGGUCCUGGGAGUUGCAGUCCUGUUCCCGGCCUCGGCUUUGAGAACAGCGUGAACGCUCUCGCUGCAAGUGUUAGCAACAGCCAGCCGAGCACACCCGCCCCUGCCCUGAACACACCGGACCAACAGCUCUUGCAUAAAUGCGAGCAUUGUGAUAUUGACUUUCUGGAUAAUAUCCUCUACACCAUCCAUAUGGGCUGCCAUGGCUACGAACAUCCAUUCCAGUGCAACAUCUGUGGUCACAUGUGCGUGGACAGAUAUGACUUUGCAUGCCAUUUUGCCCGUGGACAACAUAAAAAGUGAUUCCUUACAACAUAGAUGCAUAUGGAGUCUUGGUGUUUUCAGUAUAAUGCUUGUACAGUAUAUAACAUGGGGACACUGAUUUACAUUUUAUAUUUUUUCAUAUACAGUUUACUAUUCUUUUUUUAUUUUGUACUCACUAACUGCACUAUAUUGUUGCCUUACUGCAGUCCUACAUGGCUCCCUGAUGUGAGUUUUCCAUAUUCGUUUUAGAUUGAUAAAUACCAAGGGUGGACAAAACAACGUCUUGCAAUACAAGAGCUCUGCAGUGUCUUUUCAGAUCAUCCUGCAGUCAGUAUGAGUUAGGACAGGAGUUCCCAAACUUUUUCAUGUCAAGGACCAAUACAGUAGAUGCACAUUAAACCACGGACCCUCAAUUCGGCAUGCUUUUGUCCCUUCUGAUUGUCUUUAUUUUUAAGUUUGAAGAUAAUUAAAUAUUGGCAUUAGUUUGGCAUAUUAUGGAGAUUUUUGGGAUUGGCCCAUGUCUCAUUGCUUUGCAGUGAGUCAGCAGUCUUUCACUCAGCUCCUAUAGUAAACCACCAUUACCAGAGCACCAGUAUUCAAACAUGAGCUUCACCAGUUCAGUAUUAAUUGUGGGGCUGCUAAACUGUACUUUUGUCCACCAUCUGUAUAUCGCUUGUUAGUCUACACCAAAGUUUCUAUCUCAGUUAAAUCAGCUGGACACGUUUUGCUGUGAGAAACUGAAGUGGGAUGUUCAGAAACUGACAGCCAGACUCAUUAUAAUCCUCCUCACUUUUCUGAUAUUCAUACCUCACUCCACAGACUCCAGGUAUCAACCAAAUCAGUCAGUAAUAUUUUAGAUAGGUUUCAAUAUUAUUUUUCCAUCUUUUUUGUUACUGAUUUAUACUAAUGAAAAAAUUUUCUACAAUAUUUAUAAACUGUCUUGAGUAGUUUUGUGGUAUUGUACAUACCAUUUUUUUGUUGUUGCACAAAAUCUAUUUUUCUUUAGCUUCUUAUUUGUAUGGUAGGAUGUUGAGACACUGUAAAAUUCCCUGUGACUCUUAAGAUGUAAUUUUUCUUUGAAUUAGUUUGGUUAACUUAUUUGUAUGUGAUUAUCUAAUUAUGGAGAAAAAGUAAGCAAGCAGAGACCAUGUAGAUGACCACUAGUGUCUAUCACUGUCCCUUGAAUUUAAAUACAUUUUGGGGAUUUUGGCUUUUAAAAAUAAUAUUUGUGAAGGUUUAUAAUUACAGGAUUAAAAUGAUAAGAUAGGUAUGCAUUAUCUGUGUUUUGCUUAGUGUCACAACGGUCCACAAACUGAAGAGGACACAAUUAAAUUUGCCUUUGAAAAUUCAUAAAA